AUGGAUCCACCACGACCGCCGUCUCCCCUCCUCCUCUUUUUCCUUCUUCUCCUCCUCUCUCCGGCCAACGCAACGGCGGCGGCCUUCUCCUUCCCAUCAUCCUACUACUCUCCCUACAAAACCGCAUCUUCCCUUUCCCACUCCCUCCUCACCCGCGUCUCCAACCUCCGCGCCGCCCGCGGCGACGUCGCCGGCGCGAACCGCGCCCAUCUCAUCGCCGAGAAGUUGGACCGCGGGCUCGAUUUGGGGAUCUGGGGAUUCGCCUGGUCAAUCGGUUGGGACUACGCCAGGAAUUACGCGUGGCGGGACUUGGAGUACAGGGAGCUGCUCGGCGCCGUUUCGGAUCUGAACAGUGGCGGAUACAUGCAUGGUUAG